CUGUUCCCCACAGUCGUCCAGCGGACGUGUACAUCUGUCUCGUACAAACCCAGAUAUCAGCAGAGCUUGUCCUAAUUGGCUAACAGCGCAGAGUGAGCCCAACCUGUAAGCCUCUUACAGUAAUGCACCUGCUGCUGAGCCGACACCCCGGCACGGCACAGAGCGGAACACAGCGACAAACAGCUCCAUUACAUGACCUCUUCAGCCGGCGUGCAGCUCUGAGGAGAUGACUCUGUGAUUCUUCACCCUCCUCCGAUCUUUGAGAGAUGCUCAGCGGGGAUCUGGUGGCCGUGUGGGAGGUGGCGCUCAGCGAGGACGUGUACAUGAUCGAGUUCGCUCAUGGGACCACUACGGGAAAACGAAUCGUCCACGUCAACGGGAAGGAAGUCGUCAGGAAGGACUGGAUGUUUAAGCUGGUCGGACAGGAAACCUUCACCGUGGGAAGCUCCAACACCAAAGCCACCAUCUUCAUCGAGGCCAUCAGCGGCUUCACCUACGAGUACACACUGGAGAUCGACGGCAAGAGUCUGCAGAAGUUCACCGACAACAGAUCCAAGAUCAGCAAGACCUGGGAGCUCAAUGUGGACGGAGAGGACUGCCGAGUCGUCCUGGAAAAGGACACCAUGGAUGUUUGGUGCAACGGGCAGAAAAUGGACACAAAGGGAGAGUUUGUGGACGACGGCACAGAGACGCACUUCAUGAUGGGGGAACACGAGUGCUGCAUCAAGGCGGCGAGCAGUGGGAAGAAGAGGAGCGGCAUUGUGCACUAUUUACUGCUGGACGGGGAGAAAGUUCCAGCUGCGACACAAUGACAACAGCAGCAGAGACUGAACUUUCAAAGACACUCUGACUAUCAGCUCCCGAGGAACAACAGAAAGAGAACAUGUGGGGAUUUUUCUGCGUAGGGAUUUCUUUGCGCAGCCUCUACGCAACAACUGGCUUCGUGAAUGUAGCUGAGUCAAGCACGAGCGGUUUACCCCGAGAAACACCGGAAUAAGGUUUACAAAAUAAAAGCAUCGAUUCACGUUUGAAUUUUAUCAGGAUGUUUUUUUUUAUUUUUUUUAUUUGUACAUUUUAUUUCAUUCAAACAAACAAUAAAGUUAAGAAAAACAAACAAACAUAAAAUCUCAAAUUUUGAAUGAAAAGGAGCAGAAAGAAGACAAAUCUUAUAAUAUCUUUCCCUCUUUCACAAAACAUUAAUUAAAACAAAACAAAAACAAUUCAAGUUAAAUGAAAUUGGCUGCAGGCAAACACAGCCACUGGCAGCCCCAUUGUAGGUCCUCCUUAACAAUUCAUUAUACACCUUACAAAGCAUAUCACAAUACAUUUUUGUUACAGCAUCAUGAAACAAAACAGUAUCUCACUGACAUAUUUCCACAUAUUUAUUCAACCAGCUGGCUUUAAUUUGUCUUUUAAAUAUCAUGUUUGAUUUUGAUUCUUUAGUUUCUCUGUUGAGAUUGUUCCAUAAACCGAUUCCUUUCACAGUAAAACAACAUUCAUUCAAUUCGGUUCUGAAUCUGGGUUUAUUAAAGAUCUCUGUUCCUUUUGAAUUAUAACGGCUUUCCCUUUUUUCAAAUCUGUUUUGGAUGUUUUUUGGCAAUGUUUUCUGAUUAGCUUUAAAAAGUUUAUAUCAACUGAUACUUAAGUUCACCUCUCAUAUU